AUGUUAUUAGCGAAAAGCUCCGAACUUUUACAAGAAAAGCCUGACAUUCCUAAUAAACAAGGUAAAAACAAUAAAUCGGACAAAGGUAAAGGAGAUAAACAGGAGAAUUUGGCCGUUGUACUUCAUGCAAAACAAGAUUUGAAGCUGGAAACGAAACCCAUACCGAAAAUUGAACCAAAAGAGGUUUUAUUGGCUAUAGAUUGCGUUGGCAUUUGCGGUACAGAUGUUCACUUUUGGCAAGCAGGAGGCAUGGGCGUCGAUGUUGUAAAGGACCCGGUAGUUUUGGGACAUGAAGCAUCGGGCGUUGUGUGUGAAAUAGGCAAAGAUGUAAAAGAACUUAAAGUUGGAGAUCGGGUGGCAAUUGAGCCAGGCAAGUUUUGCCGCAAUUGUCAGGUGUGUCGCCAGGGCAGAUAUAAUUUAUGCCCAUUUAUGAAGUUCCAUUCGUGCCCACCUGCAGACGGUUUACUUCAACGUUAUUUCAAACAAGAUGCUGAUAUGUGCCAUAAAUUACCCGAUCACCUUACAAUGGAAGAGGGAGCUCUCUGCGAGUCAUUGAACGUAGGCGUAGCUGGCGCUCGCAGAGCUAAAGUCAAACUGAAUUCAAAUGUGCUAAUCGUGGGAAGCGGUCCGAUCGGUUUAGCUACAUCGAUUGUUUGCCAAACUAUCGGAGCUUCGAAAGUUAUGAUGGUUGACAAGAACAAAGAUCGUUUAGAGAUGGCCGAAGGAUUCGGCAAUAUGAUUUUGGCAUUGGAUGAAAGCGACGGAAAAGAUUUAAAUAAAACCGCUAAAAAAAUUCAUGAUAGCAUGGGAUGCAUACCGGAUAAAGUAUUUGAUUGUCACGGCUCGCAAGACACAUUCAAAUUAGCUAUUCGGUCAACUGGUUGGGGCGGUACUUGUUGUUUGAUGGGCACGGCUUCAGGUAAUUUUACCGAUUUCCCUCUAAUGGAUGAUGUGAUGCGAGAAGUACAGAUAACAUCUAACUUCCGCUAUUGCAACGAUUACCCACCAGCCAUAGCGAUAGCAGCUAAAAGUAAAUACGAUUUAUUAAAAAUGAUAACUCAUCACAUGGAUAUUGAGGAUGCGCUUUGCGCAUUCGACACAGCCCUAAAACAGGAGCCAGGUACCAUGAAAGUCAUGGUUCAUAUGGUGCCGCAAGGUACAAAUAAUCCAAAAAAGAAAAAUAACGGUCAAUGUUGA